UUUGGGCACCCGGUGGCCGGUACCCCACGGAGCGCUGUAGCCAGACCAUGAAUUGAACAAUAACUUACUUCAGUCCGAUCGGUGUUUGUUGAAUUCGGCAAUGGAGUCAAAGCGGCAGGUGUUCUCUGUGGAUCUUCUCGAACGAUAUGCCACAAAGGGGCGUGGAGUGAUUACCUGUAUGGCUGCCGGAAACGAUGUCAUCGUUUUGGGUACUAGCAAAGGAUGGGUGAUCAGACACGAUUUUGGAGUCGGCGAUUCUGACGAUAUUGAUCUUUCUGCUGGUAGACCCGGGGAGCAAUCUAUUCAUAAAGUUUUUGUUGAUCCUGGUGGUAGUCACUGCAUUGCCACAGUUGUUGGCAAUGGAGGUGCUGAUACAUAUUACAUGCAUGCAAAAUGGGCUAAACCUCGUGUUUUAAGCAAAUUGAAAGGGCUUCUUGUCAACGCUGUUGCUUGGAACCGGCAGCAAAUAACAGAAGCUUCAACAAAGGAAGUCAUUCUUGGCACGGAGAGUGGCCAACUGUAUGAGAUAUAUGUGGAUGCAAAGGAUAAGAUGGAGAAGCACAUAAAGUUGCUAUUUGAACUCAAGGAACUACCUGAGACUUUCAUGGGUUUGCAGAUGGAAACAGCUAUUGUAAACAAUGGAACUAGAUAUUAUGUGAUGGCUGUUACUCCCACACGCCUAUAUUCUUUUACUGGGAUUGGGUCGCUAGAGUCUGUUUUUGCUAGUUAUGUGGACCGCACAGUACAUUUCAUGGAGCUUCCUGGUGACAUACCUAACAGUGAACUUCACUUCUUUAUAAUGCAAAGGAGAGCUGUGCAUUUUGCCUGGCUUUCAGGAGCUGGAAUCUACCAUGGUGACCUAAACUUUGGCGGACAUCAUAGUUCACCAGGUGGGGGUGAAAACUUUGUGGAAAACAAAGCUCUUUUGGACUAUUCAAAAUUAUCAGAAGGAGCUGAAGUUGUUAAACCUAGUUCUAUGGCAGUAUCUGAAUUUCAUUUUCUUCUUCUUAUUGGGAACAAAGUUAAGAUUGUAAACAGGAUUAGUAAGCAGAUAGUAGAAGAACUUGUUUUUGAUCAAACACCUGAUGCAGUUUCAAGGGGAAUCAGUGGGUUAUGCAGUGAUGCGUCUGCUGGACUGUUCUAUGCAUAUGACCAAAACUCUAUCUUCCAGGUGUCUGUUAAUGAUGAAGGCCGAGAAAUGUGGAAGGUAUACUUGGACUUAAAGGAAUAUGCUGCAGCAUUGGCUAGUUGUCAUGAUCACCUGCAGAGGGAUCAAGUCUAUUUUGAGCAGGCUGAAUCUGCUUUUUCUUCAAAGGAUUUCCAACGAGCAGCUUAUUUUUAUGCAAAAAUUACGUAUGUGUUGUCAUUCGAAGAGAUAACAUUGAAGUUUAUUAGUAUAGGUGAACAGGAUGCUUUGAGAACCUUCCUUUUAAGGAAACUCGACAGUCUUGCUAAGGAUGACAAGUGUCAAAUAACUAUGAUUUGUACAUGGGCAACUGAACUGUAUUUGGACAAGAUAAAUCGGCUACUUUUAGAAGAUGACGGUGCUUCAGAGACUCACAGUUCAGAGUAUCAAGAUAUUAUUAUGGAGUUUCGUGCUUUUCUAAGUGACAGCAAGGACGUAUUGGAUGAAGCAACAACUAUGAAGCUACUUGAAAGCUAUGGUAGAGUCGAUGAAUUGGUCUUUUUUGCUGGCCUGAAGGAGCAAUAUGAGAUUGUUGUUCAUCAUUAUAUUCAGCAAGGAGAAGCAAAGAAAGCCCUGCAAGUUCUUCAGAAGCCUAAUAUCUCAAUAGAUCUUCAGUACAAGUUUGCUCCAGACCUUAUCAUGCUUGAUGCAUAUGAAACUGUUGAGUCAUGGAUGACUACUAAAAAUUUGAACCCGAGAAAACUCAUUCCUGCCAUGAUGCGUUAUUCAAGUGAGCCACAUGCAAUGAAUGAAACCCAUGAAGUUAUAAAAUAUCUGGAGUAUUGUGUGCACCGACUGCAGAAUGAGGAUCCUGGUGUUCAUAACCUGCUACUUUCAUUAUAUGCAAAAAAGGAGGAUGAGAGUGCUCUCCUGCGCUUCCUGCAAUGCAAGUUUGGGAGGGGUCGGCCAGGUGGCCCUGAAUUUUUUUAUGACCCCAAAUAUGCCUUGCGCCUUUGCCUCAAGGAAAAGCGGAUGCGCGCUUGUGUUCAUAUCUAUAGCAUGAUGUCUAUGCAUGAAGAAGCAGUUGCUCUUGCUUUACAGGUUGAUCCAGAGCUUGCUAUGGCUGAAGCAGACAAAGUUGAAGAUGAUGAAGACUUGAGAAAAAAGCUUUGGCUUAUGAUUGCAAAGCAUGUCAUUGAGCAGGAAAAAGGAACUAAGAGGGAGAAUAUCCGAAAGGCAAUAGCAUUUCUCAAGGAAACUGAUGGAUUAUUGAAGAUUGAAGAUAUCUUACCUUUCUUUCCAGACUUUGCUUUAAUUGAUGAUUUCAAAGAAGCAAUUUGCUCAUCAUUAGAGGACUAUAAUGAGCAAAUUGAAAAAUUGAAGCAGGAGAUGAAUGAUGCAACACAAGGUGCCGACAAUAUUAGAAAUGAUAUUAAUGCUCUUGCUCAACGAUAUGCUGUCAUUGAUCGUGAUGAGGAAUGUGGGGGUUGCGGGCGAAAAAUAUUAAAUGUGGGAGGUGACUUCCGAAUGGCUAGGGGAUAUGCAGCAGUUGGACCAAUGGCCCCUUUCUAUGUCUUUCCUUGCGGACACGCCUUCCAUUCCCAGUGCCUGAUUGCCCAUGUAACUAGGUGCACCACUCCAACACAAGCCGAAUAUAUACUGGAUCUGCAGAAGCAGCUUACUUUGCUGGGCAGUGAACCCAGGAAGGAGUCAAAUGGUGCCUUGUCUGAAGAUCAACCAAUAGCUAGCUUGACCCCCAUUGAGAAGAUUCGGUCACAGCUAGAUGAUGCCAUCGCCAGUGAGUGCCCAUAUUGUGGUGACUUGAUGAUCCGUGAAAUCUCUUUACCUUUCAUCGUGACUGAAGAAGUACAAGAAGUAGCAUCAUGGGAAAUAAAGCCACAUAACCCUGGGAGUCAGCCUCAGAGAAGCCUAUCUUUAUCUGCAUGAUCAAAUAAUGCUCGUGUGCGAAAUUCAUGUUUGCAUAAGAGAGAAGUAUUAGCUACAUUAGCAAAACUCGGAUGCCAAGACAUUUCAUCUGCUGUGGAUUGCCAGUCUGAGUUUGAACUGUGUGUCGUAGAAAGGCCCCAUUGGUGGAGCCCUCAGAUGCUAGCAUAUUUGUGGAGCUCUUUCUGGUGAUGAAAUCUGCACCAUCUUUAUCUCUUUCACCCUUUUCUCAGCUUCCGACAUGGUUUGUCUGCUCUUGCCUCUAUUUCCAUUGAGAUUAUUGGUUGGUGGAUACAUGUGUUUGGCAAAGCAUAUUUAAUGAGAUUAUAUGAUCAUUGUUACUAUGCUUUUUUAAAUUCUUUGUUUUAUAUAAACAUAAUAAUACAAUAUUGUGCUUAUUGUUUCUUA